AUAGAAUUAGGGCAUGAGCCGAGAGAGAGAAAUAAGAGAAGAGAAAACAUUAUUUUUCAAAAUAAAGAGAAGACUAAUUUUUUUCCAGCGAAACCGCCGGUGGAGGUUCGUUCGCAAGAUUUCAACAUUAAAGCCUAGGAUCCUAACAAAAAGGGAUCAAAGUAUUGAGAUUCAGUAAGGGAGAAGGCAAAUCAGCAUGGCAUUGGGAAGACAAGCUGUCACUGGAAAAGCUUGCCGGAAAACGAAUUAUCACGGCAAAGCUUGGAUCAAGAAAAGGAGUGUUGCAUCAAAAACAUGGGAGGCAAGGAAAGGCUAAUUAAUGCCGGGAAGAUGAUCCAAUGUCAAGACAUUGUUGGAAAUGGGGAAGAUGGCUAUAAAGUGGAUUUAUCUGCUUUACAAGGAAAUGUCUUCAGCAUCCAAUUCUAAGUCCAAGGACAAAAAGGCCGGGAAAGAAACAUCAAAGGCUUCUUUAAAAUCAGCAGGAUCUGCUAUUGCAGCUAGUGCUAUCCCAGCCAGUGCAUACAAUCCAAUGUCGGGAACAUUUCAUACCUUUGAGUCAGUUCCAACUUCCUCUGGAUUACCCCUUCGUAGUAAUGGUCGUUUCAGAAACAUGGAUGAAACAGAUGAGCAUGUAGGAGGCUCCCUUGUAUCAGGGGUUGAGUAUGACUCUGUUUCUAACAAUGGUAGCUGGUCUGGUGAGUCAGAAGAUCACAAAGAGAAAACAUAUUAUCCUGUCCGACAGGAAAUAAUACCAGGAGCUGACAAUGAUAAGAGAGAAAAAAUCCGUCAGAAAAAUGAGAAGAAGCAUCAACGUCAGAAGGAGAGGCGAGCUCAGGAAUUACAGGAGCGAUCUAGUGGCUAUCUCAUGUCAAGAAAACUGGAAGCAUUGUCGCAACAGCUUGUGGCAAUGGGAUUUUCUCAUGAACGUGCAACAAUGGCUCUUAUCAUGAAUGAAGGCAAAGUAGAACAGUCUGUUGCUUGGCUGUUUGAAGGGGGUGAAGAAGCAGAUAAGAACAAGGAUCUGAAUCCUGGUGGGGGUAAUUUGAAAAUUGACAUAUCUGAAGAACUUGCUUGGAUUGAAGAUAUGGAAAUGAUGUACAGGUGUACAAAGCAGGAAGUUCAAAGAGCUGUUGUUGCUGCAGAGGGAGAUCUAGAAAAAGCAGCGGAAACCUUGAGGGCAAUGAAGGAGGAACCACCCUCUGCACCAUCAAAACCAGAAGAGACUGGUGAUCAUCCAACUAGUGAUAGUGAUGUGCUUUCUGUCAGUACUAGUUGCAACUUGGAAGUAAGGUCACAAUUAAAACCCAAUUUACCUACUAUGCAACAGAAGAGGGAUGAAAAGGAUUUCAACCAUGCAAAAGCGGCUGUUACAGUUGGAGUAACUUCCCAAUCUAAUAGUAAAAAUGUUCCACCCCUGAAGAGAAUUGAACCAAAGCUUGAGUGGGCAAAGCUGCAGAAAACUGUAGUUCCUUCUGAGAAAAGAUGGACAACUACAGGAACUAAUUCUUCAGGUUCUUAUUCCUUGAUGUCACCUUUGCAAUCUUCACCUCCAACAGCCAAGGCCAAAACUCGGUACAUACUCCUUGGGAGUGAAAUGAAGAAUCUUUCACCAACAGUUAGGGAACCAGUUAUUAUGAUGCAGCAACCCCAAUCUCUGACUGCAAAGCAUGUUCAACCUACAAGCGUGAGCUUAUCUCCUCCAGGAGCUGCUGCUAGUUGGAAUCCUAAGAAUAAUGUUGAAAAUAUGAAGUCCAAUGGAUUUAUGAGCCAUAUCCCUAGUACAAGUACUAGUACAAUCACCAUUAACUCGAAUCAAAUGUAUCACCCACUUCACUAUCACCAACAGCAGCAGUACUUUAUUCCUAAUAGCAGUCCAGAGGAGCUUAAUGGAAAUAUUUAUGGAAACACUUCGAGUAGGACAGGUUCUGCACCUACAAUUUCUGCUGCUUCCUCCCUUGGACUUUUCUCAGGGUUGGGAUCAACUGGCACAUCUGGAUCCUCUCCAGUUGACUGGAGCACUGCUGGCUCGUUGGCACAAUUUGAUUAUACAAAUAUCGAUUGGAGUCUGAAUCAAGGCUUAUAUUCCCCAAGACCUGGCAGACUCUGGUCACGAACUUCAUUUGUUAAGAACUCACAUAUAUAUGAUUCAAAUUCUAAUCCUUUGAGUGUUAAGCCGACAUUUAACUUGAGUCCAGCCAGUGGGAAUGGUGUUCCCAUUCUGGGAUUGAAGGAUGGUGUUGUAUCUAAUAGUGAUUCAUCAGCUGCUGGUUCUCGAGAGUGGACUUCACCAUUUGAAGAGAAAGAUCUUUUUAGCUUACCUAGACAGUUUGUUUCAUCUCCUCCUUUGUAGGGUAAGAGAAAAAACUUGAAUGAAUAAAUUGAGGUUAAAAAAACAAAAAAUGAGAGGGGGGGUUUGGUCUGAUGUUAAUUCUUGGUUCUUCUCAAGAUGUUCUGUUGAUUGUUGGUAUAUAUAGUUAGUGAAAAAGCACCCAAAAGCCCUAGUACCUUUUUCGUGAUAUUUUGCCUUAGGUGAGUCAUGUUUUCUCUUCUGAAAGGUCUAAAUAUUCAGACAUUUGUGGUGUUUGUUUUCUUCAAUUUAAUAGUGUUAUUCAGAUAA